GUAACUUCAAAUUCAUUUUAUUUAUUUUUCAGGCCUUUCUUAAGGGCGAAACUCAGAUAAUGGCUGAUGAAGCCUUUCAAAACGCUGUACAAAGUUAUCACGAUGUAUUUUUAAAAUCUGAACGAGUUUUAAAAAUGGUUCAAUCUGGAGCAUGCUCGCAGCACGAUUUCAGAGAAGUUUUUCGCAAUAAUAUAGAAAAACGUGUGAGAUCCCUACCAGAAAUUGAUGGAUUGAGUAAGGAAACGGUGUUGACUUCUUGGAUGGCAAAGUUUGACAUCAUUCUAAAGGGUAGUGGAGAAGAAGAUACGAAACGUCCUUCGCGCAUGCAACAAUCAUUAAAUAGUGAGCUGAUUCUAUCCAAAGAACAGCUGUAUGAUAUGUUUCAACAGAUAUUAUCCGUCAAAAAAUUCGAACAUCAAAUACUGUUUAAUGCCCUAAUGCUCGAUUCUGCUGACGAGCAAGCCGCCGCUAUUAGACGAGAAUUGGAUGGACGUAUGCAGCGUGUUGGAGAAAUGGAGAAGAAUCGAAAGCUGAUGCCAAAGUUCGUGCUCAAGGAAAUGGAGUCGUUAUACAUCGAGGAACUAAAAUCAUCUAUUAAUCUAUUGAUGGCUAAUCUGGAGUCUCUUCCCGUAUCGAAAGGAAAUAUGGACAGUAAAUAUGGGCUUCAAAAAUUAAAGCGUUAUAACCACAGCACACCAUCCUUUUUAAAAAUGAUUCUGCGAUCUCAUGGAUCCCUAUCGAAGCUAGAAGGUGACUCAGAAGAUGGUUGUACACAAUUAACCAAAUUGGAUGUUGUUCUCACAUUUCAAUUGGAAGUCAUUGUAAUGGAAGUGAAAGGCCUAAAGUCUUUAGCGCCCAAUCGGAUUGUCUACUGUACAAUGGAAGUGGAAAAUGGGGAAAAGCUGCAAACAGAUCAAGCCGAGGCAUCGAAACCAAUGUGGGAUACUCAGGGAGAUUUUACUACUACUCAUCCCUUGCCUGUCGUAAAAGUGAAACUGUAUACAGAAAACCCUGGCAUGCUCGCACUAGAGGAUAAGGAGUUAGGAAAGGUCACAAUAAAGCCUACACCCCUGUCUUCCAAAUCCCCUGAAUGGCAUCGUAUGAUCGUGCCCAAAAAUUUACCCGACCAGGAUGUAAGGAUAAAGAUAGCAUGUAGGCUUGACAAACCGUUAAAUAUGAAGCACUGUGGACAUCUGUUUGCAAUUGGAAAAUCGGUGUGGAAAAAGUGGAAACGCCGGUAUUUCGUUUUAGUGCAAGUAUCUCAAUAUACAUUCGCAAUGUGUAGCUAUAAGGAAAAGAAAUCGGAACCGUCCGAAAUGAUGCAGCUUGAUGGAUAUACCGUUGAUUACAUCGAGGCAGCCAGUGCCAAUCUUAUGUUUGGAAUCGAUUUGAAUGGUGGACGAUUUUUCUUUAAUGCGGUGCGCGAAGGCGACAGCAUUGCUUUUGCUUGUGACGAUGAAAACGAAUGCAGCCUCUGGGUUAUGGCUAUGUAUAGAGCAACUGGUCAAUCUCACAAACCCACUCCACCGAUAACGCAGGACAAAAACUCAGCCAUGUCUAAAAUUCAAGGGGAUGCGGAUAAGGCACGGAAGCAUGGAAUGGAGGAUUAUAUAAGUGCGGAUCCGUGUACAUUUGAUCAUGCCAGCUUAUUUAAAAUAUUACAAAACCUUACACUUGAGUACCGGUUAUGUGAUCCCUAUGCGUCUUUGGGAUGGUUUAGUCCAGGACAGGUCUUUGUUUUGGACGAAUACUGCGCUCGGUAUGGUGUUCGUGGCUGCUAUCGACAUUUGUGCUAUCUUUCCGAUCUAUUGGAUCGUGCUGAAAAACAGCAUAUGAUUGAUCCCACAUUGAUUCAUUAUUCGUUUGCAUUCUGUGCAAGCCAUGUGCAUGGCAAUAGGCCGGAUGGUGUGGGCAGCAUAACACAUGAGGAAAAAGAGAAGUUUUCAGAAAUAAAAGAACGUUUACGUCAGCUACUCGAGUAUCAAAUAACAAAUUUCAGAUAUUGUUUUCCAUUCGGUCGGCCGGAAGGAGCAUUGAAAGCAACACUAUCGUUACUCGAAAGAGUUCUAAUGAAGGAUAUCGUUACCCCAGUACCUCCAGAAGAAGUUCGACAAAUGAUUAAAAAAAGCUUGGAGACUGCUGCACUUAUCAACUACACAAGGCUAUCAGCUGAAGCUAAGAUCGAAGAGGAUUUACGUGGUGAAGUGAUUGUACCACCACCUAAAAAACUUGAGGAUUUGAUACAUUUAUCCGAGCUUUGUGUUGAUCUACUUCAGCAGAAUGAGGAGCAUUAUGGCGAACUGCGAAAACCAGACAACAAAAAGGAAAGGGUUAAGACAAUAAAGGAAGGCGGCGCAGAUGGGACUGGACCGCCCAAUGAUGUUGGUUCCACUGUCGCCGGUACUUCAUCUAGUCAGGGAAAGAAUAGCAUGGAACAAGGCUCUUUGGAUGCUGCUACAGCUGCCGCUAACACUGACGGACCGCUGCAAUUUCGCUACUGUAUGCCCACACAUGCGGUGUACACAUCGCCAGUACCAACGGCAUGUACUUCUCUCUCUCUCUCUCUCUCUCUCUCUCUCUCUCU